AUGGCAGGUGCCCAAGAGAACCUCCAAUGGGAAAUUCAGCGUUACGAUGGUUGGUACAACAACCUCAUGUAUCACAGUCACAGUUCCACGGGAUCACGGCUUUCACGCCUGCUCCCACCUAACUAUGCAGAUGGCGUCUACCAAGCCCCGCAGGAACCGCAUGUCCCCAACGCACGCAGGCUUAGUGAUGUGAUCGCAAAAGGGGAAUCAGGAUUGCCCUCCAACAACAACCGAACCGUUCUCGGUGUCUUCUUUGGUUUCCACGUGCUCGCUGAGAUCUUGGAAGCUGACAAGCCAGGCUGCCCUGCCGAAUUCUUAAACUUGCAGAUCCCUCAAGGAGAUUCAGUGUUUGACUCUGCAAAGUCCGGAGAUGUGGUUCUGCCUUUCUUGCGUAUGCAGUGGCUUGCGGGAACUGGCCAAAGCCCGAAUAGCCCCCGGGAUCAGAUAAAUGGUGUUACGGGUUGGCUGGAUGGCAGUGCAAUCUACGGCCCAUCGCAAUCCUGGAGCGAUUCUCUGAGAACUUUCUCUGGAGGGAUGCUGGUUUCCGGAACUGAGCAGGGCCUGCCAAGGCAGACACAGGCGUCAAGUUUGAUGUGGAAGGCUUUGGAUCCAGCCACUGGACAGGGUGGACCACGAGGAAUCUUUGAUUUUGGAACUGCCAGAGGGAAUGAGAACCCGUUCCUGCAAGCCAUGAGCAUUGCCUGGUUCCGCUACCACAACCACCGGGCACAAGAGCUUGCCAAGCAAAAUCCCAGCUGGUCUGACGAGGAUUUGUUCCAACAUGCACGCAAAUGGGUCGUGGCCACUUACCAGAACAUUGUGCUGUAUGAAUGGCUGCCCAUCUUCCUGGGAAAGAACGUCACAAAAUAUGAAGAUUACAAGCAGCAUAUAGAUUCCCGGAUUUCUCCUGAAUUCCUGGCAGCUUCCGCACUCUUCCUGGCUACCAUGGUCCCUUCCGGCGUUUACAUGAGAAACUCAUCUUGCAGCUUCCGAGAUGUGAUGAGCAUAGACGGCUCCACCUCUCCAGCGCUUCGCCUUUGCAACACUUACUGGAGCCGAGAGAAUCCCAAUCUCCAAACAGCUGAGGAUGUCAGCGACUUGUUGCUGGGGAUGAGUUCGCAGAUCGCUGAACGGGAAGACAAUAUUAUGGUGGAAGAUCUCAGAGAUUACUAUUACGGCAUGGUGAGAUACUCCCGUACUGACUUUGUGGCCAGCUGGAUCCAGCGCGGGCGGGACCUUGGUUUACCCACCUAUAAUAAAGCCAGGAAGUUCUUCCAACUUGACCCUGCUAAUGAGUGGCACAAAAGCAAUGCUGAAAUCUUUCAGAAGAACCAGACGCUGCUCGAGGAACUCGCGGCCCUGUACAGAAAUGAUACAGAUCGCUUGGAGUUGCUGCCUGGGGCUUUGUUAGAAGCUAACAGAACCCUCUUCCAAGCUAUUGUCGAGGACCAAUUUGUCCGCCUAAGAGACGGAGACCGGUUCUGGUUUGAAAACACCAAGAAUGGGUUAUUCUCUACUGAUGAGAUUGAGGUCAUUAAAAGCACAUCAUUCCAUGAUGUUCUUGCUGCUGUUACCUAUGAGAAUUUAACCAAAAUCCAAACAGAUGUGUUUCUUUGGAACAACGGAGACCCGUGCUCGCAGUAUCAGCAGUUAACUACACAACUCCUGCCCCCCUGCAUACCCCUAACCGUCUUGGAUUACUUCAAAGGGAGUGGAGCUGGAUUUGGGAUUCUCAUCGUUGCACUCUGUUGUUUCCCUUUAGUGAGCUUGCUCAUUGCUUGGAUUGUUGCUUUUGCCCGGCGAAGAGACUUCAAGAAGCUGCAGAAGAAGCAAAGCCCCAGCGAGCGGUCAGAAGCGGUUUCAGAGGGAAUACCAGCUUUUGAAUGGCAAGAUCCCAAGAGCUCUGCCUCCCAAGUUUACCUCCAGCUGCACGAAGACAAGGUCAUCAAAGUGCUAGACAGUAAGCUGGCAGUGGUCCGAAGCAUCAAUCUGAGAAGCCAGCAGCAGGUGGAGACGAUUUUAUCCAACAACAGAGGCAACAAGGCCUUGCUCCUGAAGAUCCCCAAGGAAUAUGACCUGGUGCUGAUGUUCAGCGGAGAGGCAGAGUGUAGAGACUUCCUUGGGCACCUCAAAACCUACUUAGAGAGAAGCAGGCUGACUCUGCACAUGUCUGAGAUGAAGGAACAGGAGUUGCUGAAGAAAGCUGUUACCAAGGAGCAACGGAAGCACAUCCUGGAGAUUUUUUUCCGGCAUUUAUUUGCCCAGGUCCUGGACAUUGACAGAUUGGAUGCUGGAGAACUUAGCUUGGAAACAUCCGAGAAAGUCAAGGAAGCCUUGAAAUGUGAGCUGAGCCGGGCUGAAUUUGCAGACGCGCUGGGGCUGAAGCCCCAAUCCAUAUUUGUGGACUCCAUGUUCUCUCUCGCGGAUAAAGACGGCAACGGAUAUAUUUCCUUCAGGGAAUUCUUGGAUAUCUUGGUGGUCUUCAUGAAAGGAUCUUCUCAAGAAAAGUCCAAACUGAUGUUCACUAUGUAUGACAUUAAUGGAAACGGCUUUCUUUCCAAGGAGGAGUUCUACCGGAUGCUGAGGUCCUUCAUCGAUAUCUCUAACAACUGUCUCACACGGGAUCAGACUGAGCAGGUCAUUGAGUCUUUGUUCAGAGAGUCGGGCUUCCAAGAUAAGGAGGAGCUGACGUGCGAAGAUUUUCACUACAUGUUGCGGGACCAUGACAACGAGCUCCACUUCACCCAGCUCUGCAUUAAAGGCGUUCCUGACAGAUUCAGACAACACAUGAGCAAUCGUGUCUCUUUCAUACAAAAGGACAAAGAUACCAACAUGUUCCGAAACCAGGAAGGCUUCUCAAAUACAGGCCGAGUAGCACCACAUAUGGAAUGCAUGGGUCAAGAACUGCGGAAGCGGCCAGGCAAGAAGUCAUCUGUAAGUCAGCCGCAUCUCUACACCGAGGCUCGGAGGGAGAAGUACCACAGGGGCCUUGUUCAUCAGAAGAUCCAGCAAUUCAAACGCUUCAUUGAGAAUUACCGUCGCCACAUCAUCUGCGUGGUGAUUUUCUCAGCCAUCACGGCUGGCGUCUUUGCAGAGAGGGCUUACUACUAUGGAUUUGCAUCGCCACCCACUGGAAUUGCCGAUACGACCUUUGUGGGCAUUCUCAUCUCACGGGGGGCAGGUGCCAGCAUCUCGUUCAUGUACUCGUUUAUCCUGCUCACAAUGUGUCGGAACCUCAUCACCUUCCUACGGGAAACAUUUUUCAAUCGCUACAUCCCCUUUGAUUCUGCUGUGGACUUACACCGUUGGAUUGCAACUGGGGCCCUGAUCUUUUCAGUCCUGCAUACUUUGGGCCACGUCGUCAAUGUGUACAUCUUCUCAGUUACUCCCCUCAGCGUCCUGUCAUGCCUCUUCUCUGCAGUUUUUAUAGAUGAUGGGUCCCAGAUACCCCCUAAGUACUACUGGUGGUUUUUUGAGACAAUUCCAGGCAUGACCGGGGUGCUGUUACUAGUCAUUCUUGCCAUCAUGUAUGUCUUUGCCACUCACUACUUCCGGCGAAUUAGUUUCCAGGGGUUCUGGAUCACUCAUCACCUCUAUGUGGUUCUCUAUAUCUUGGUUAUCAUCCACGGUAGCUAUGCGCUGAUCCAGCAGCCCCGUUUCCACAUUUAUUUCAUCGUCCCGGCUCUCAUCUAUAGCGCAGACAAACUCAUCAGCCUGAGCAGGAAAAAGGUGGAGAUUGGCGUGGUAAAGGCGGAGCUCCUCCCUUCAGGGGUCACUCACCUCCAGUUCCAGAGACCCGAAGACUUUGACUACCGGUCUGGGCAGUGGGUACGGAUCGCCUGUCUGUCCCUGGGGACCACUGAGUACCACCCCUUCACUCUGACCUCUGCUCCCCACGAGGACACGCUGAGCUUGCAUAUCCGAGCAGCUGGGCCAUGGACAACCCGACUAAGAGAGCUCUACUCCCCAGAAAGCGUAGCAGAAAUUGGCAAGUACCCCAAGCUCUACCUAGAUGGGCCUUUUGGAGAAGGGCACCAGGAGUGGAACAAGUUUGAAGUGUCUGUGCUGGUGGGAGGAGGCAUUGGGGUGACGCCAUUUGCCUCCAUCCUCAAAGAUCUGGUCUUCAAGUCAUUGGUUGGCUCCAAGAUCCCCUGUAAGAAGAUCUAUUUCAUUUGGGUGACACGAACGCAGCGGCAGUUUGAGUGGCUGGCCGACAUAAUCCGCGAGCUGGAGGAAAACGACCAGCGUGAACUGGUGUCCGUCCACAUCUACAUCACUCAACUGGCAGAGAAAUUCGACCUGCGCACAACUAUGCUGUACAUCUGUGAGAGGCACUUUCAGAAGGUCCUGAACCGGAGCUUGUUCACAGGCCUGCGGUCCAUCACCCACUUUGGACGGCCACCCUUUAUCCCCUUCUUCUGUUCCUUGCAAGAGGUCCAUCCAGAGGUUAAGAAGAUCGGGGUGUUCAGCUGUGGCCCUCCAGGCAUGACUAAGAAUGUGGAGAAAGCCUGCAAAAAGAUCAACAAACGGGAUCAGACCUACUUCGUGCAUCAUUAUGAGAACUUUUAGGCCUCUGGCUGACUCUGCCCCACAUUUUUGGGGAUGGCUGGCAUGCAACUGCUUGUCGUGCCCACCCAUUCCCCUUGCUAUUUUUGUAACAGACACAUUUCCAAUGAGAGGGAAGUUUGGAGGGGUGACAGUCAUAUUUUAGUGCCUUGAGGACAAGGGUGCUUCUGUCCCUACCAAGAAUGUCGGGGCCUGAGAAGUUCUUGGUAAUUGCCCAUACCAAUUGGGAAAAUUUGCCCCCAGACCACAUUUGGAGAACACCCAGAUCAAUGCCAUGCUCAGAUUGUUUUAACUGACGGUACGGAAGUCACCUCGGAAGCCCUUGAUAGACAUAUUUUAAAAUAAAUACCCUAUUUACUUGAGACUAUUCCCUUCCUCCACAAACGUCAUCAAGAAAAAGUGGGGUCCAUCUUAAAUUCACAUGCAAGUUAUAGUUACAUGCAGUAAUUAAAAACCUUUUAUGGAUAAGCUUUUUUUAAAGUGAUCAUCAUAGGUUCCAGGUCAUCUUACUUUGGGUAGAUGCAGUAUCCCAAUGCUACAAAACCUAGAAGAAGAAUCUUCUUAGCCUGUGGCAAGGACAGGGACAAGAGAUUUGAUGUCCAAAAGACUCACAGAAUAUCUGUUACAAAUAUAUAAAUGUUUGAAACAGGGUUUGCCUUCCCUCAAAGAACUUUGUAGAUUAGGGUUGUGAAAGCAUUUACGAACAACCCAUAACCCUCUUUCUACAACCUACAGCUGCCAGGGUUCCUCUGCUGGUAGUUAGGAUAGUUGAACAAUGUUAACUGUGGUCAUGACUGUAGGCUAGAAGUAUGCCCUGGGCACUAUGGAGAAGUCUAGCAAACUUUGGGAUACCGUAUAUAGGCUUAAAAACUAGUUUAAUAAUUAGGCAAAGCAGCUAAAGCUUGGGUUACAAUUUGCACACACAUGCACCCGUUAAAGCAGUGGCCUGAGCGUCUCAGAGUGUGAUGCAGGUACAAGGAUGUAGUGGCUUCUCCUGCUUGUGUUGAAUGUGAGAGAUGACUAUGGAACUGACAGGGAGAGUCAAAGUCAGCCAAUCAUUUGCCUUACACACCUAUGGUUUUUUUCCUUCUAGCAAUAGGAAUUUCAGAAAACUGAAACUCGCUGUUCUAAGCUAAGUAUCAGUAUAUCUUUUAAAUAUGGAUCUUCCACAAUACUGCUGAGUUUUGAACUUGUUUGUUUUGCUCUUUUAGUUAACUGUAAAUGAAUAAAAAGAACCGAAUUAAGAACUGCUAA